AUGGGAGCAGAAUUAUUCACUUACACGCUCGAUUUCACCACAACCUAUAGAGGACAAGACAUGCUAACGACAACUGGGACGUUUUGCAAUCAUUAUACUUCAUUAACUGUGUCGGGUUCUCCAACCAGGAUCAGGCUAAGAAAAAAUCGGCCAAUUAUAGUAGAUUUAACAAUCGGGACCCUAGUUGUCCCCAACGAUGGACAAACUCACAUUGCAUGUUUUAAUAACGUUAAAGAUGAACCUACAUAUCACUUUGAUUAUACCACAGAUGGCCCUCGAGUUCAGGCGAUGGGAAAAGUUUUUGAUCAAUAG